AUGUCAAAUCUUACCAAGUUUGAAUUUGUGGCACUUGACAUCUCGGGCAAAAACUACUUGUCAUGGACCCUUGAUGCCGAGAUUCACUUGGAGGCCAUGAAUCUCGGAGAAACAAUUAAGGAAAACAAUAAUGCGUCCCUGCAGGACCGUGCAAAAUCCAUGAUCUUUCUUCGCCAUCACCUCCAUGAGGAACUAAAAACAAAGUACCUCACGUCCCGUCCCACUGGAUCUGUACCAUUCCCAGAAGCGAAUGUGUCAUCAUUUCACGGUCAUGGACGUAGACGUGGACGCGGACGUCGUGGUGGUCGCAAUAGAAAUAAUUAUAAUAAUCAUGGUGGUUAUAAUUCCUUAUUGGUUAUCAGAAGGAACUCCACACCGUCCCACCAGAAGUGGAAUUCAAAUGCGACCAAGCAGGCAAAAGAAAAAGCUUUGCAGAACAAAGCUCCUGAGAUAUAUGAUGACAAGCCUUGCUAUAGAUGUGGAAUGAAAGGUCAUUGGUCACGUACCUGUCGUACGCCCAAACAUCUAGUUGAUCUUUACCGUGCCUCAAUGAAUGAUAAGGGAAAAGGAAAGGAAAUUGAAAUGAAUUUUGUGGAUGACGACUUAACAACUGAUAUUACUCACUUUGAUGUUUCUGACUUCUUUGCUGAUACUAGUGGUAAUAGUGAUCAUUUGAUUGGUGAUGGAAAUAUCCAUACCAAUUAA